CAUAUUCAUUUCAGUGACCUCGCAGGAGCCGCUGAAAAACAACUCUAAAAACCCCAACCUCAGCCAGCUUAUGUAGGCCUACUACUCGUUGCCAGAGCAGGUUUGUGGGCAGCCAUGCACUGUCUGAGAGCGCUGCGUCUGCUCGUCAAACACUCGGACACGCUUAAGAAGGGUUUCUUCUUCCAGCCAGCAUGUUGUCUGAGCAUAAAAUCAACCACGUCCCAGCGACCACCACCUCCGGACUUGGAUCGUUUGCAUCUGAAAAUGAAUGUCUUUUCAAAGUUCCCCAGCACGGGAGUGGAAGACGUGCUUUUCUACACCAUCACAGAAGGAAAAGAGGAAGUCCCCAUUUCAUUCUUUACCUCAGCCCUGAAGAAAACUGGCCUUCAGGCAUCAGACCCUCGUCUAAAGGACUGCAUGGAGAAGCUCCGACUGGCUGUGAAGGAAUCUGUUCCUGAGGUGAUGAUGGACAGAGACCUUUUCCACAGGUGUGUCGGUGGAAACAUCGUCCUGCUGAUCCAGGCUUUCAGAAAGAAAUUUAUCAUCCCUGAGUUUGACGUGUUUGCACAAAAAAUAAAUGAAAUCUACAAAACAGUGCAAAGCCAAAGGGAUGGGAAGGUUGCAGACUACAUACCCCAGCUGGCCAAGUUUAGUCCAGAACUGUGGGGUGUGUCUUUGUGUACAGUGGAUGGCCAGAGGCACUCAGUGGGCGACACCAAGCAGCCGUUCUGCCUACAGUCCUGUGUGAAGCCCCUGCAGUACGCCAUCGCCGUCCAUGAGGAGGGAUCAGAGAGGGUUCACCGUUAUGUUGGCAUGGAGCCCAGUGGAUUCAAGUUCAACAUGCUCUCACUCGAUGAUGAAGAUAAGCCCCAUAACCCCAUGGUGAAUGCUGGAGCCAUAGUGAUCAGCUCUCUUAUCAAGCCUCGUUCAAAUAAGGCAGAGAAGUUUGACUAUGUUAUGGAGUAUGUGAAAAAGAUGGCAGGCCAAGAGUAUGUGGGAUUUAGCAAUGCCAUGUUCCAGUCAGAAAAAGAAACAGGCGACAGAAAUUUUGCCAUCGGAUACUACAUGAAAGAGAAGAAGUGUUUUCCUCCGGGAGCUGAUAUGAUCGAUGCGCUAGACUUCUACUUCCAGCUUUGCUCCAUCGAGGUGACCUGCGAAUCAGGAAGUAUCAUAGCUGCCACUCUGGCCAACGGAGGGAUCUGUCCAAUCACAGGCGAGCUUGUCCUGAGUGCCGAGGCAGUGCGAAACACUUUGAGUCUCAUGCACUCAUGUGGCAUGUACGACUUCUCUGGCCAGAUGGCUUUUCACGUGGGCUUGCCAGCCAAAUCCGGGGUGUCCGGUGCCAUUCUGCUGGUGAUCCCCAACGUCAUGGGAGUUAUGUGUUGGUCUCCUCCUCUGGACAGAGUUGGAAACAGCGUCCGGGGAAUACACUUCUGUCAGGAGCUUGUUUCACUCUUCAAUUUCCACAACUAUGACAACUUGCGGCACUUUGUCCAGAAGCAGGACCCUCGCAGACUGGUUGGGGAUGACAGGAACAAGUCUGUUUUUAAUUUGAUGUUUGCCGCCUACAGUGGAGAUGUGUCUGCCCUGAGAAGGUUUGCUCUCUCAUCCAUGGACAUGGACCUGAAAGACUAUGAUUCUCGAACAGCUCUUCAUAUCGCUGCAGCAGAGGGUCACAUAGAUGUGGUGAAGUUCCUUACUGACACCUGCAAAGUUGAUCCAUUUGUUGAAGACAGGUGGGGGAACUUACCAGUCGAUGACGCCCUGCAGUUUGGACAUGACGAGGUGGUGAACGUGCUGAAAGAAUACCAGCAGGUCUGCAGGCAGCAGGAAACGCGGCACACGGAGGCGGAGCGUUCCCCGACGCUAGACACCAUCGAGAGCAUGGUGUGAUGGAUUUGAAGUGGGGGAGUCCCCACACGGUACCAUGUCCGAGCAUUUGUGCAAUCUGAAGCUCAUAAAAUGAGUUCCAAACUAAGACGAGAAUGAAUCACUAUAGGAAUUUGAAUUGACUAUGCAAACCGCAGUAAAGGAAAAUAUUUAUGACUGUAUUGGAAAAUGGUAGGAACAUAUAAAACAAACAAUAGGCAGAGAAAAAACAAAAACACAACAAGCCAAUAGAAAACAACAUGCUGCAAACAGACUCUAAUUUCAAAUCAGUACUGUCUGAAUACAUCAUCCGCCCGGACUCAGUGUUCAUGUUAAGGUAAGAUUCAUGCAGGAUUAUAUGUAGCAGAGGGUCUCAGUGAUGUUGAAGCAAAAAAAGCAAAAGAUGGAUAUUUGUACUUGCAAUGCUUUACAUAACAGUACAUAUUUACUGUUAUAUUUUUACUGAUUUAUUCUGUUUUACCUUGUAACAUUUAAAUAUGUAAAACUAUGUUUGGAUAUAAAAUCUCAAAUUUGGCGUAUUAUAAAAGGGAAACAAUAGAAGGGAUUGUGCCCAAUGAACCUAUGGUUGAAAAUA